AUGGCGCAGAUAAAAUAUGAAAUUACGGAAGACAGUAUAGACGAGAUUAACACAAGCAUGCAGGGUCUCAUCGAGGAGGCUGACUGGUUGCUAAACAGCAUAGGAAAUUACUCGUCGCACAGCAUUACCAUCGACUUCGACAGCAGUAAUGCUAGCACCAGUCGAAGUAGUAUGAGCGCUGACAACGCCGAACCAGUACCAGAAACAGCACUGGAACCAGACACAAGAGCUGUUCCGGUAUCCGCGCCACCAAACUAUGAUGUUGGCAACGAUAGCUCCGGAAGCGAUACAACCAUAGUGUGCAACAACGAAGAACCCUCUCCAGGACCCUCGAAUCGGAACUCGUUGAUCAUCCUGGGAGAUAACAAUUCGCUUGAGCAGGAAGUAAUUGUAAUCGGUACGCCUACGAUUGAACGCCAACGCACACGUCGCGUACGUUCCAACAGAAUCGCACAAAAUCAUGACAGCUCCGUAAUCGAUUUAUCGAAUUACACGGAGAUGCGUCGCGAACUGCCAACGGUAUCCCCCAUCAUUAUCCUUUCAUCGGACGAGGAAAACGACGAAGUUGCACCAGCUGCAACAAUCCAACAACCAUCACGUCCGAUCACUAGGAGCUCUGUUGCAAUUAACAAUUUUGCCGUAUCCGUUCACAGUUCGCCUGCUCACUUCUCGACGACUCUUUCGGUUCGUCUUGGCAAUAGACAACAUGAACGCAAUCCGCACAACGGUACACAAUUUGGCAACAUUAAUCAUUCCUACGAAGUUGGUGAUAUCAGGGUGGGUGAACCAGUGCCGGCACCAAUUCUAAACUCUACACCACCCGCACCACCGUCACAACCAUCACCACAACAGAGAGCAACCAAAAGAAGAUCGCAUGCAGCCACCGAAGGGACCUCGAAUACAAUGAACAUCAUCUGUCCGAUCUGUUACGAAACGCUGGCAAAUCAGCGGGCCAUUUCGACUUCCUGCGGACAUGUUUUCUGUUCCAACUGCAUCCAGCUGUCUCUGCAAACUGCCAAAAAAUGUCCCAUCUGUAACAAAAAAUUGACCAAAGCUUCUCAGAUGCAUCCAGUCUAUUUUUCAACGGGAUGA